AUGCCAGUGGACAUGCAGCCACAUCAGGGGCUGUAUCAUUAUGAGUCUACACCCAACCAGCCGCCCAGAGGCCUUGCUCCUUCAGGAAGGUCUCCCUACAGUGAAGUGUCAUCCCUGCACGCUCCGCUCCACAACGGCCAUCCUCAGGACUGCAGGAACAUGUAUAACCCAAUGACCCCUAACCCCAGAAUCAAUCCUAACUCCGGUGUCAACCCCAUGGACCAGUACAUGCGACCCCCUCUGGCUCCCCCACUGCACAGCAUGAUGGGACACCGCAGCAUGAAUCAGUCCUCCGACGGUGGUAAUAGCACCCCCUACUGUCACAACAACCUCAUGUCAUCCCACCACGGCUUCCCCCACGGACAGGGAUUAGACCAUGUGGGAGAUGGCUCGCGGUUCUCAACGCCUCGCUCCAUGCUGAAGCUGAGUAAGAAGCGUGCCUUGUCCAUCUCUCCGCUGUCUGACGCCAGCGUGGACCUACAGACGGUCAUCAGGACCUCUCCUAACUCCUUGGUGGCCUUCGUCAACUCACGUUGUGGACCCAACGGAGCCAGCUCCUACGGACAUCUGUCUGUGGGCGCCAUGAGUCCAUCAAUGGGUUACUCCAACUCAAUGAACUACCAGUCCAGACAACACGGCUCUAUGUACGGUGGACACACCCCUGGACCCUGCCACGCCCCUCCCCCCCGACUACCCCCCCACAACCCCCGCCUCCACGCACCAAAACAUGGACACCUAAAGACCGAGCCAGUGCUGGGUAGUGUGAUGGAUGGGAUCACCAUUAAGAGUCUGGAGGAGAGGUCUGAAGGUGACGUGGCCAGCCCAUCCUCUACUGGCACACAGGAUCCUCUGAUGGGUCUGCUGGAGGGGCGGGAGGAUCUGGAUAAGGAGGAUAAACCGGAACCAGAGGCCAUCUAUGAGACCAACUGCCACUGGGAGAGCUGCAGCAAGGAGUUUGACACGCAGGAGCAGCUAGUCCACCACAUAAACAACGAGCACAUCCACGGAGAGAAGAAGGAGUUUGUGUGCCACUGGCAGGAGUGUUCCAGGGAGCAGAGACCUUUCAAGGCCCAGUACAUGCUGGUGGUUCACAUGCGCAGGCACACAGGAGAGAAACCGCAUAAGUGUACUUUUGAGGGCUGCAACAAGGCCUACUCUCGCCUGGAGAACCUGAAGACCCACCUGCGGUCUCAUACAGGGGAGAAGCCGUAUGUCUGUGAACACGAGGGAUGCAACAAAGCCUUCUCCAACGCCUCGGACAGAGCCAAGCACCAGAACCGCACACACUCCAACGAGAAGCCGUAUGUGUGUAAGAUCCCUGGGUGUACGAAGCGCUACACAGACCCCAGCUCUCUGCGGAAGCACGUGAAGACAGUCCACGGCCCUGAGGCUCACAUCACUAAGAAGCACCGAGGGGACACUGGGCCCCGGCCGCCUGGCUCAUCACUGACCCCCGGUGGACAGUCUGGUGAACUGCUGCUGGAGAAAGAGGAGACUAGACACAGGGAGGACUGCAAACUGCUGGCGCCUGAAUCUGCUCUGAAGUCUCAGCCCAGUCCGGGUGGCCAGUCGUCCUGCAGUAGCGAGCGUUCUCCUCUGGGGAGCGCGAACAACAACGACAGUGGUGUGGAGAUGAACCUGAACGCAGCAGGGAGCCUGGAGGACCUGACCGCUCUGGAGGACGGAGGGGCGGGAGGAGGAGGCGAAGCUGGGGGAAGAGGGCAGGGCAUGGCAGGGAUGGGGGGCACGUCGGCUCAGGCCCUAAAGAGACUAGAGAACCUGAAGAUAGACAAGCUGAAACAGAUCAGAAGGCCCACUCCACCUGGACGCUGUGGUCGGAGUAGCAAGCUACCAGCACUCACAGGAGAGAUGAUGGGAGGGAUGUGUAGUCCCUCGCCCCUCCUCUCCAACCGCCGCGUCAUGGAACUGUCCAAUCACGAGCUGGGCGGCAUACCCUCUGGCAUGCCCCCCCCUAUCAGUGACCGGAGGGGGAGUGGCACCAGCAGCCUGAGCUCUGCCUACACAGUGAGCCGCCGUUCUUCCAUGGUGUCCCCCUACCUCUCUAGCCGGCGCUCGAGCGAGGUCUCCCACUGUUUGUCGGUCUAAGGCACUACAGUUCCGGGUGACCCCCUCUCCCCUGAGACCAGCCGCCGAAGAGGGCCCUGCCAUGGUGUUGGAGGGGGAGGAGGGUUGCCAGGUCUGCCUUGUCUAACACCCGCUCAGCAAUACAGCCUGAAGGCUAAGUAUGCAGCAGCAACUGGCGGCCCACCCCCUACCCCACUGUCCAGUAUGGAACAGGGAGCAGGGACACCCGGGAGACGAGGAGUACUCCUCAGCGAGUACCAGGGUCAGCCGCUACCUGCGUUCCUGCAGCAGGGGGGUCAGAGGAGACACAGUGCCAACACGGGGGAGUAUGGCACUGGGGUCAUCUACCCUCACCAAGCCCCAGGGAAUGCCACCCGGCGUGCCAGCGACCCCGUCCGCUCCACCGGCGACUCACAGGCCCUUCCCAAGGUGCAACGCUUCAACAGCCUGAACAAUGUGGCCAUGAUGGGCCGGAGGAACGCCCUGCAGCAUUGUGGGUCAGACGCCAACAUCGCCCGCCACAUGUACUCGCCGCGGCCACCCAGCAUUACAGAGAAUGUCAUGAUGGAGGCCAUGGCUACGGACUACCAUGGAGGAACCACGGAUGCCAGGAACCACUGCAUGAUGCUUUCCCCAGGAGAGAGAGGUUUCCAGGGCUACCAGUCCCACCACAUGGGGGGUCCCACCAGCCUGUUAUCACCCAGCCACGACAGCCUGGGAUGCCCAGAGCAGGGCUACCAGACACAGGGACAGAUGUUCAUGCAGGGUGGGCACUACCAGGGCACCUCCAGAGGACCAGGUCAGGGCCAGAUGGGGCAGGGGGUACCUGUUCACCCAGAGGGGAUGUCCAACAUCUUGCUGCAGCAGGCUGAGUACAGUAUGAGUACCUGCCAGCUUAGUCCCUCUGGACCACACUACCCCAGCCUGGACCAGGGUGGCCCCGAUGGAGGUACAGGGGCCUGGGUAGAGAGCAGCCAGGUCCAGACCACUCAUGGAGUUCUUCAGACAGAGAUGCAGUAUCAGGACCAGGGCUCUAUGCAGGGCCAGACACAGGGUCUGUACACCCAAGAGCCCGAUGGCGGACACAAACUGAUCAUCAAACCAGAACAGCAGCAGUACCACCCAGCCCUAGCCAACCCAGAUGCCUGCCAGAAGCAACUCCACCAACACCAGCACGGUUACCCCCAGCAAGGGCAGCCUGGCCAGGGCAUGAUGAGGACCACCAACCUCAGCUGUGACUUCCAUGGAGGAGGCAUGGAGAACCAGAACCAGGCCUCCAUGCAGCAAGGGAAGCAGCAGGGUUCCUUCCCCCAAAGCGGCGGCAUCAGCCUGGGGUCGGCUGCGCUGGGUGCUGGGGGUCGCUCCCAGACACCCAUGAUGCAGGUGAAGGAGAUGAUGGUGAGGAACUAUGUGCAGUCGCAGCAGGCUCUGAUGUGGGGUCAGGGGCAGGACCAGAGGGGGAUAGGAGUGGACGGGAAACCUCUUCCUCUGUCAGACAGCAUUGACAUGACAGGACAGCAGCAACAGCAUAGUCCUCAACACCAACAUAAUCUCUAUCCCAACCCAGGCUCCAGCUACCCAGGCUACCCUACCAACCAGAACCUGAUGAGCCCCCCAGCACACAACCGAGUCCCCAGCUCUAGCUCCUCCAUCCCCCCGACGGAGGUACCCAUGACGGGUCUGCCUGGAGGCCCAGGGUCCUGCUACGGCCAGGACAUGGGGGCUCCUGUAGUCCCAAGACCCCCCCAGUGCCGGAAGCCCAUCAGCAGGCAGAAUAGUCUCCAGUCCCAGGGAGGUGGAGCGUACCUGGGCAGUCCUCCCCACCUCAGCCCAGUUCACUCCACCUCCAGCCCCAGACGUGUGGUCCGUCUGCCCCCUGUCCAGGGCCACAUGACCCCCCAUCAGACCCACCAGGAGAUCUUCCCCCCCUUAAACAACAUCAACAAUAACAUGUACUACUCUGGCCAGAUCCACUCUGACCUGGACAAGCAGCAGAUCCAGCAAAUCAGCCACCCUCACCAGGACCCAACUCAGACCGGGCCCUGCCUCAACCAGCACCAGCACCAACAGCACAUGGUAACCCACAUGGAUCACCAGGGCAAUAAGUCUGCGUCCCUAGCCUACCUUCAUGAGUCGACCCCCAUCUCCAAUGCUCUGGAGAACCUAGAUCUGGACAACGCCCAGAUAGACUUUACCUCCAUCAUCGACGACCCAGACCCCUCGUCAUUCAGCCCCAUCAACCCUCCUCUCCAUGGGGGUCCGUCCCAGACCUCGUCCCGCCUCACCACCCCUCAGACAUCCAUCACCAUGCCCCCCUCUGGGCUCCCUAACAUGGCUGUAGGAGACAUGACCUCCAUGUUGACAUCUCUGGCCGGAGAGAACAAGUACCUUAAUACACUGUCUUAG